CAAUUAAAGAAAAGGGACGAGGGGAGAAGGAGACGAAAGAAAGAAGAAAAAAAAAGUAAGAUACGCAGAUGCUCUGGCAAGCGUCGGCAUGGAAACAACUCAAGCCUCUUCCCCUCCUGGUGUCGGGGGCUGAGUGAGACCGGGCUCUGCGGAGACCUGCCUCGCCAGAGGCACCGGCGGAGCAGAGCGGAGCAGUCGCCGCCGCCUCCUCGCAACUCUUUCUCCUCUUUCGCCAACGUGAGAAAUCCAGCUACAAGUACCUCCUGUUUCUCUUUUUUCGCCCGUCCUCUGUCCACCCCCUAAAUCUGUCUGUGUGGCUCUCUUUCUGCACUCAUCACUCUUUCGCUCUCCCGCUCUCUCCUCCCCUCUCUCCUCCCCCUUCUCUCUCACGCUCUCUUGCUCCCUGUCUCUCUCGAUCUCGCUCUCUCGCUCUCUCUCUCUCUCGUGCUCUCGUUCUCUCUCGUGCUGUCACACUGCCCCCGCUUUAUGCUGGAGUCAGCUGGGCAGCUUAGCAGCAGCCUGGGCAGCGCGUCCUCUGCGCGUAUCUGCGCAAGUGUGAGUGCAAAGCUGGCUUUCUCGCUGAGUUGAAUGAGAAGAGUACUAUCGGGGCAGGGUGACCGUUUGGACUACGGAGCCGUGGGGGAGGGAGAGCUCAGAGAAAAGGUAAAGGUCCCCUUUAUAAUUCUACUGAGUGACUGACUUGCUUCUCGAGGCUCGCGAGUGGGUGGUCCGGUGGCCAGCUGCUGAGAAGAGGGCGCGAGUGCACUUCUCCAUCAAGGGUGGAUCAAGCACUGGAGAUUCAUGUGGGCCCCAGACCUUCAGGCCAGACUGGGGAAUGAUCCUGUUUCUACUGCACUAGGAGCGCUGCGGACAGCCAUGGCAUCGGAGGGGGGCUGUCCCGAGCGGGAACCGGCCAGCGCCGCGCCAGCCCGGAGGCGCAGGCGCCCGGAGCGGGGGGCGGGUCGGGUCACCGCGGCCUUCCUGGCCAGGACGCGCCUGCACGGGCUGAAGUACGUGUGCGCGCAGAGCGCCUCCCUCAGGCACCGCGCCUUCUGGCUGCUGGCGCUCUGCACCUCCCUCGGCCUCCUCCUGGCCUGGUCCUCCAACCGCUUCCUCUACUGGCUGUCCUUCCCCACCUACACCAAGGUGCACAUGGAGUGGGCCAAGGAGCUGAACUUCCCCAUCGUCACCAUCUGCAACAACAACCCCAUCCGCUUCUACAAGCUCACCAAGAGCGACCUGUACUUUGCCGGACACUGGCUGGGCCUCCUCCUGGCCAACCGGACCGCUCGGCCCAUCAUCCUUGACCUGCUGCAGAACGAGCGGCAGGCCUGGUUCAGCAAGCUGUCCGACUUCCGCCUCUUCCUCCCUCCGCGCAACUUUGAAGGCACCAACAUGGAGUUCAUGGACCGCCUGGGCCACCAGCUUGAGGACAUGCUGCUCUCCUGCAAGUACCGAGGAGAACCAUGUGGACCGCAGAACUUCUCCUCUGUUUUCACCCGGUAUGGGAAGUGCUACAUGUUCAAUGCGGCUGAAGAAGGGAAGACCCUGCGCACUACGGUGAAGGGAGGGACAGGGAAUGGCCUGGAGGUCAUGCUGGACAUUCAGCAGGAUGAAUACCUGCCUGUGUGGGGUGAGACAGAGGAGACGGCGUUUGAGGCAGGAGUCAGAGUGCAGAUUCACAGCCAGGCCGAGCCCCCCUUUGUUCACGAGCUCGGGUUCGGCGUUGCCCCGGGAUUCCAGACCUUCGUUUCGACACAAGAACAGAGGUUGACCUACCUACCUCCUCCUUGGGGGGAGUGUCAGUCCAUGGCCCUGGAGUCCGGAUUCUUCCAGGUGUACAGUGUCACGGCCUGCCGGAUCGACUGUGAGACGCGCUAUAUCGUGGAGAACUGCAACUGCAGGAUGGUGCACAUGCCAGGUGAUUCUCCUUUCUGCACCCCUGAACAGUACAAUGAAUGUGCCGAGCCAGCACUGGCAAAGCUGUCUGAAAAGGACAACAACAACUGUAUCUGCCGGACCCCCUGCAACAUGACCCGCUACAAUAAGGAGUUGUCUAUGGUGAAAAUUCCCAGCAAGACUUCAGCAAGAUACCUGGAAAAGAAGUUUAACAAGUCUGAGAAAUACAUCACGGACAACAUCCUGGUCCUGGAUAUAUUUUUUGAAGCCCUCAACUAUGAGACCAUUGAGCAGAAGAAAGCUUAUGAAGUGGCUGGUUUACUGGGUGACAUCGGUGGGCAGAUGGGGCUGUUCAUCGGAGCAAGCAUCCUGACAAUACUUGAGCUGUUCGACUAUGCCUAUGAGGUGAUACGAGACAAAUUGCUGGACUUAUUGAGUCGAGAUGAAGAGGAAGGGAGCCACAGGGAGGAUGUGAGCACCUGCGAUCCGGUGGCGAACCACUCCGAAGCCAUCAGCCACACUGUCAGCGUGCCCCUGCAGACCACACUGAGCACACUGGAGGAGAUCACCUGCUAGUGCCUCCCGACCUGCCCUGACGCCCACCAGCUCGGACAGCAGGGACGGGGGGGUCCGGAGGGAGGUCUGCUGGGGACCUGCCCCGCGUUGACUGAGUGUCUUUGGAACAAAAUCAUCGAAGGAAAAUAGCAGAAGAAAAACCAAGAGCUUUGCUGCAACAUGCUGCACAAUUGGGAAUAAUGGAUAUGUCCUCUUGACUUAAAAUGAACUCUCUGUGAGUGAAGACAGUCUCAGACAUAUUCUCCCCGACAGACUCUGAGCCGAGAGGUCUCUGAUUUCAUGGCUGAUACAAAAUCGGUCCACCGAGGGAAUACAUCUGUAUAGCUUUGUGUAUACAAUUCACUCUCUUGUCAUUCACAACCUACUGCCAAAUUGUAUAUUUGCCAACUGUCCCACUUGCAUGUUGGUUCUUUGGAUACAGUGCUUUUUACUGAUGCCAAGACUGUUGUUUCGCUUACGCUGUAUGUCUCUGAAACUAUACGGCUUGCAAGGCAAAGCUUGGUGUGCCACUGUGGGAGAAACAUCCUGCUCAGAGGGUCACAGUCAGUGCUCCAACAUCUGCGGCUUUCUUCGUCAAUUAAAUGCUGUGUGUAACAAACCAUUUAAUGUGCGCCACUCGCUCCUGUUAUUCUCACACGUUGAUUUGUGGAUCAGUUAUGUAACCACUUAACUUCAAAUGACAUGAAUUUUAUUUAUUUAUUAAAGUUUAUACACCAAAAAUUCAGUUCGGUCGCUUUAGUAUCGCCGUAAAAAUGACAUACAGUGUUGCCAGUGGCAGUCAGGAAGCACAGGGGUGCAGUAGCAGAAGACAAAGAGUUGAUUAUAAGGAGCUGGGGUAAAGAGGUUGAGGGUCUAAUGAGUGGAAGAGGGUUGUGGAAGAGAUGGAGGUGGUGAGAGCUGUGUAAGAGUUUAAAUGUUGCAGAAAUGCCAGGCCACCAUUUCCAUUUACUUUACAAAGUGUUCAACUGUGGUUCACUGGUUUGCUCGUGUAUUUACAAAAAUACAUAUGAAGCAGCUGUCCCAUUCCAGUUUUUCAAGCCUAAGUGGAUGCAUUUCAUUGGAGGAAUUUAAGGUGAGGCCUUGGUUCAACUAAAAAAGGUAUUUAUAAAUAUUUUCUAUUUUAAAAUUAUAUUGCCAUUCAUUAACAUUCUUAAGAUUAUAGCAGGGUGAUCAGAAAUGUCUAUAUGCAUUCAUUUGUAUUGACAUAAGAUUUCACAGAGCAUAAACUGUGCCUUGACAAUGUAGUCUUGUGCAUGGAAAUGAAUGUAUGCCUGGAUUAAGUACAAUUUAGUUAGUUAAUUUUGGAGAUUGGUCAGCACUGAUCUCUCUGUUUGAGGAGAUAAAAUUGUCAUUUACGUGUGGUUGAAAUCAAGUACACAUGUUAUUUGUAUCCCGGUCAUAUUUCUUUUUUGCGUUGUUCCUGAAAAUUAAAUCAAAACUUUACAGUAAGUCUAAUAUCACUGUUUUUUGAGGAUUUAGAUUCAGAAACAGCCUGCAUCCUCCUUCCAAAGAAAAAUUAUUUGAAGCACAUUUUAUCUGAUACAUUCCAUUCCACUAAGACCUCCACUCCAUAUCAUCUUACCACUUGAUUUCAUAUAAAUAUCAAAAUCAAUGAAUAUGCUGUGCUAAUAUAAUAUGGUUUACAAAAUAAUAUAUAAUCUUAGGCUAAAAAAUGGUAUUUUAAAAUAUUUAUAUUCAACAAUAUUUGUGAAUUCAUAUGUACUCAUUGUUAACCAACUUCAUUUUGUACACAUUUUGAGACACCCAGUUGUCUGUUAGAGUAGAUUAAAAGUUACAGAAGUCUUUAAUACACCCUAGCUAAACACAACAUUUCAUGAACAAUCAUACUUUAAACAAACUUAUCCCAAUUAUUCUGCUGUUUAAAUUGGAAUUUUGCCAAACAUGAUUUCUCUGUAGGAGAACUAUGCAAAAUUUCAGAAUGUUCAGAAAGGUCAAGGAAAAUCCAAACUGCAGUACCAUCUGUUUUUGUUGUUUUAAUUUAUUUUUAUUUUGUAUGCUACCGUCAAACACUUCUACACAUAAUUAAAUGAAUCCCUGUCCCUGAACAGUUCAACAACAGUUCAUUUAUAUUAUCCAAUUAGACCAGUCAUCUUGUGAUAUAUAUUUCAAAGACCAGCCUGCUGUGUCCUUGAAGUAAAUGUCUAGGUGGGAUUCAAUCAAAUACAAUUUUCCCCAAAUACACUCUGCCAUUUUAAGAGCAUUUUCACAACAAUCCGAGAGGAUUUUCACUCUCUUUAACUUCCCUGGGUUUUUUUGUCGGAUUCAGUCAAAAAAAACAAACAAAAAAAAACAUUAUGCUCAUAAGGAUCAUCACCCACUAACAAUUUAAUUUAACUAUACAUCAUGAAGUCUAUUGAACAUGGCCAUAAGCAUGACAGACAUAGUCAUAUCCAGUCACGAUAGCAUAAUGUAUGCAGCAAUCAAUUUGUGGCAUUUUGAAUCUGUUUUUUUUAUUUUUUAAUGCUGCAUAUAGUAUGGAUAUGUUAAGACAUGACACUUAAAACAGAUAUCAGAUUAGCAUCUAACAACUAACAAAUUAAUAAUAAUCAAUAACAAUGUGUAUGCAAACAAGGUUUCGUUUUCUUCAGACAGCAAAGGUGCUGCAAUGUGAACCAGUUUAACCAGGUACAAGUUAGAGUACAUGCAUAUAUGAUAUAAUGUCUACUUAAAUUGAAAUACUUCCAAAUAUUAUUUUAAUCUGAAAUAUUAGCACAAUUAAUUGUGCAGAAUAUUCUAAGCCAAAGCAUAUUUAAUGAUAAAUUCUUUUAGUGAGCACUUGAAAUAGCCCUUUUUUUCUUUUCUUUUUUCAAAUCCUAUUCAGAUUAAUAUUGUUUGUUACCCUUCUAUUCAUUAGUAAGUUUUAAAAAAAUCUACCUAUGAUAUAUAUAUUUGAUUUGAUUGUUUUUUUUUUUUUUUUAAAUGGUUUUCAUGAUGAACCAAACCAGUUCCUUAGAUUCAUUGCCAUGGUCAGUUGUAGAUUCUGCCAUCCCAUGUUUAUCAUCAUAAAGUGACCACAUGCUUUAUUUUACUGAAACGUGAUUUCUAAAGAGGUAGUUAAAGUGAAUAAGCAUUUGAAUAUACUAAUAGGUGCUACCCUAGAAAGCUACAAACCUUUGAAGGAGGGUUUUCAGUGCAGUUCAGUGGUCAUCCAAACAACAUUACCGCCACCAAACUACUUAUGUCUCUGGAUUUUAUGUGGAUUUAACUGAAAUUGGCAAGCAGUAGGAUAUGAAUGCUAUCAAGAUUUUUGGUUUCUAAGUGUGUGUUUGCGGGCCCUGAAAAUGCAAUUUAGCAGUAAUUUAUCAUCUGGGAAACAGGAGGUUAUACCAAAAUGACCACAGAUUAAAUUGGAUAUCAUUUAAGAUCACUGUCAAUGGUGACAGAUCUUUCAGUUAAAUUCCAGCUUAGUUGCUUCAAUAAGAGGCUCAGCCAUGGUCAAUGAACUUUUAUUUGCCUUGCUGUAUGUGCACAUGCACUACAUUCCUGUUUCUGCCCAUUAAAUUGCAAUCAGCACCACAAGUUGCAUUUUAAUUAUAAAAAAAUUAAAGCGAAUUAUUCCCAUGAGCAUGACUGCUGGACGUGAGAAUAUACAUUUUCACUUGAAUUUCCCUUCAACCACAGUUUGAUCAACAUUUUUUUUUUUGUUGCAAGAACCAAAAAACUGCUAAAUUUGCAGUCUAAUCAGACCAUUAAAAAUAGCUUAUCAUUGCUGGUACAGUUAGAAACACGACCCUCUGGAGCUCCUGUUGUCAGAGAGAAGCUGGUCUUUAUCCUUGUUAAGGAUUCGUUCUGUGAUACUCCAUUCGUGUUUUUGACAUCAAAUGAAUAAACCAAAAUAAUUUUUUCAGCUCA